CACCCUGGCGGAGCAAGUUGAGCGCAAGCAGUAAGGGGGAUUUACAACUUUAUCAUCACCAAUGUUCCGCUUUACCCGAACAUUCUAAAUAACAACAGCAGAUAUACCUACGAGUUUCUGGUAGAACUUGAAUGAGACUGGAACUCUGAGGAGAACACCUUACAUCAGCACCCCAGAAGGACAUGCAGUUUCGCGGCGUCGGUGAUCUUUUGAUUGGAAGAGCGGAAGGAUGCUUAUCAAAUAGGGGUCAGGAGCUGCGCUGCUACCUAUCCAACGCAACAUUAGAGUGCGCUGUUCAGUUAGUCAGUGGUCGUUAAUCUUGCUGUAGAUUAAGUACUGACUUGGCGCUCGACAUUUUAUGCAAGGAACUGCAGUGACGGACUAAGUUUACAAAUCGGCUACAUUUUGUGCGGGUGAGCCAUGGACGGGUUUCCGCUGUCUGGCGUGCUCUUUCUGUGCGCCCUGUGCCUGCCGUCCACCCUACCGGGCGGACAGGUACCAGUGCCUCCCAGCUGCCACGAGGUGCGCGCGUCAUUUCAGUCUCUGCACCCCGGGUCGAAAUGGGCAAUGGAGACCCCAGUUUCAGGUGCAGACCUGCAGGUGUGCCAGCCCAUGGGCCUGACUUGCUGUUCCAGGAGGAUGGAGGAACGUUACCAGAUGACUGCCAGGCAGAAUAUGGAGUCAGGCCUGCAGACAGUCAGCGCACCGCUCAAACUCCUCAUCAUCCAGAACGCAGCUGUCUUCCAAGAGGCAUUUGAGUUGGUGUUGCGUCACGGCCGUAACUCCACCCUGCUGGUGCUGAAGGCGGAGUUCCCAGGGCUGGGGGGCGGGGCUCAGGGGGCGGUGGGUCAGCUCUUCCUGGACGUGUCUCUCUACAUCCUGGGCUCAGACUCCAGCGUGGAACACAUGGUCCAGGCCUUCUUCACCCGCCUCUUCCCCCUGACCUACCGACACCUGCUGGGGGGUGGCGCAGCACUCAUAUCUGAGGAAUGCCUGCGGGGGUCGUGGAAGGACUCCAUAGCAUUCGGCCCCUACCCUAAACUCAUUAUGACUCGUUUGUCACGCUCCCUCCUGGCCACGCGUGUCUUCCUGCAGGCGCUGAACCUGGGCAUUGAGGUGGUCAACACCACUGACCACCUGCGCCCGGGUAGGGACUGUGGGCGCGCCCUGCUGAGGCUGUGGUACUGCCCACAAUGCCAGGGCCUGCUGGGGGCCCCAGCCUGUAAAGGGUUUUGCCAGGCUGUAAUGUCAGGGUGCCUGGGGGGUGCGGCGGAGGUACAGCCCCACUGGAGGGGGUAUGUGGAGGGGCUAGGGAAACUGGCGGGGGCCAUGAGGGGGGAGCAGGACAUGGAGGCUGUGAUGAUGAGGUUACAUGUGCUGGUCAGACUGGCCCUCAGACAUGCUGUCAAAGCACGCCCCCGCCUACACACACUGGUGAGCAGUAUGUGUGGCCACGCCCCCCAGCGUGUGUCUCGCUCAGUGGCGACCUUUCCUGACCAGACCCCUGCUGCCCAGGCGUCCCGCAACCAACAGCCUUUACCCUACGAUCCUGAGGAGACCUUGGCUGGUCGCCGCAGGGAGUUUAUUUCCAGCCUGAGGGGAUUCAGUUCCUUCUUCAGUGGUUUGGGAGAGGCUCUGUGUAGCCGGGAGCCUGCAGCGCCAAGCAACCACUCCCUCUGCUGGAACGGACAAGAAAUGACAAACAGGUUUCCUGUCCCAGGUGUGAAGCGCUCUCACCCUCAUGGCCCUGACCCUAAGAUCAAAGCCCCUGAACCAGUCAUCUCCCAGAUCAUCGACAAACUCAAACACAUCAACCAGUUGCUGCGUCUGGUGACGGUGCCUGAGAAGCGCUGGAGAGCCCGGUCAGGUGGGGGUCAAGGGCCGGAGGGACGGAGCAAGGGAGAGGAGGAGGAUGAGUGGUUCGAGAGUGGCGACUGUGAUGACGAGGAUGACUGUGCUGGGGUGUCGGGGCUCGGGCCGCCCCCUCACCGUAAACGGUUACGUAUCUUUGCAGAUCUGGCAGAUAACCUGGCUAUGGAUGACUUCACGUUCCAUGACCAUUUGCUGACCCCUCAGCUCACUUCCGACAGGGCGGGAGGGCCGUCUUCGUCUGCGGCUGUCCUGGUUCUGAGUCACCUGGAUGGGGCUCUCACUCUGACCCUCUUCCUUCUCCUCCUGCUGCUGCUUGGACACCAGUGACCAGUAAUCAGUGAUCCAUCCCUGCUUCUCACCCACAGCUUUCAGAAGAAUAAUAAUAUAUUAAUCUAAAGGAGAUGGAUAUGUGUCUUCUGCUGUAACCAACCCCUCCAAAAUAUAUAUAUAUAGUGCAGCCCUGGGGAUUACAGCAGGCUGAUUCUGAGAUUCCACAAACAUAGUCAGACAUUGUUUUGACACUAUUAAGAUGACAUUACUACUGAGGCCUCCCAUGCCUCCCACCUAUUUCUUCUCUCUUUCCUCUCUUCACCCCUCUAUCCUCUCUC